GUUUUACUUAAACCGGAAGAAAACAAGUCCACGAGGUUACACAAGACUUGCAUGGGCUGAUGUUUGAUUGACGUACGGUCGGCCUUCCUAAGUUUCGUCGACAUGCCUGUAACGUGCUCAUCUUGUGUCAGACAGGCGAUUUUGAAAAGACCCAAAACAGGGGAUGCUCUGUGCAAGGACUGCUUCUUUUCCGCCUUCGAGGAGGAGGUCCACCACACCAUCACCUCGGCUGGGCUGUUCACGCCAGGGGAGACAAUCGCUGUGGGAGCAUCUGGCGGCAAGGACUCCACCGUCCUGGCGUACGUGUUGAAACUGCUCAACCAGAGAUACAACUACAAUGUACAGCUGAUCCUGCUGUCUGUAGACGAGGGGAUCACAGGCUACAGGGAUGACUCGCUGGAGACUGUCAAGAGGAACCAGCAGCAGUACGACCUGCCCCUCAAGAUCGUCUCGUACGAGGAACUUUACGGGUGGACGAUGGAUGCAAUUGUCAAACAGAUCGGCCUCAAGAAUAACUGUACAUUCUGUGGAGUGUUUCGGCGCCAGGCUUUGGACAGAGGAGCAAUGAUACUCAAGGUGGACAAGAUUGUGACAGGACACAACGCUGAUGACAUAGCAGAGACAGUGAUUAUGAAUGUUUUACGUGGUGACAUUGCAAGGUUGCGGAGAUGUACAGCCAUUACAACCGGAACGGAUGGAGCUCUGCCCAGGUGUAAACCAUUCAAAUACACCUAUGAGAAGGAGAUUGUCAUGUAUGCCUACUUCAAGAAACUGGACUACUUCUCGACAGAGUGUAUUUAUUCUCCCAACGCCUACAGGGGAUUUGCUCGAGCAUAUAUUAAGGACAUUGAGAAGAUACGUCCCAGUGCUAUCAUAGACAUCAUCCAUUCCGGCGAGAGUCUGUCAGUGAAGAAGGAGGUUAGAAUGCCAGUACAGGGUCAGUGUUCGCGGUGCGGCUACAUGUCUAGCAACCCUGUGUGUAAAGCCUGCGUCCUUCUGGAGGGACUGAAUCGAGGACUGCCGCGACUCGGGAUUGGCAAGGAGCACAAGGAGAGAAGGAAGCUGGCAGACAAGCUGGCUCGGGAAGAAGCUGAGAGUAUUUCUCCCUCCAUCCCGGGGUCUGGUGAGAUGGAUGUUGUCGCUGCAGGGAAGUCAUGUGGAGGUGCUUGUAGCUGUCAGUCUGAAACUAUUUGUGUGGACAGCACUACAGCAGACCUGAAGGUGUUGCCUGUCGCUGGUUGUGAAGAUGAACUGAAUAAGUUGCAGCUGGACAGAAGGAAGCCAACUGUUGCUGAUAUAGAUUUCUGAUGUCCUGGAGAAACUGUAACUAUAAGAUAUCUGACAGCAACAUCGACAAAUGAACAUACCUUUUGUGUCAUUAGAGAUAACCAGUGUUCCAUGCUUGACAUCAGGGCUGUGUCACCAAUGUUACAUGCUUGACAUCAGAGCUGUGUCACCAGUGUUACAUGCUUGACAUCAGAGCUAGGUCACCAGUGUUACAUGCUGACAUCAGGGCUGUGUCACCAAUGUUACAUGCUUGACAUCAGAGCUGGGUCACCAAUGUAAGAUGCUUGACAUCAGGGCUGUGUCACCAGUGUUACAUGCUUGACAUCAGAGCUGGGUCACCAAUGUUACAUGCUUGACAUCAGGGCUGUGUCACCAGUGUUCCAUGCUUGACAUCAGAGCUAGGUCACCAGUGUUACAUGCUUGACAUCAGAGCUGGGUCACCAAUUUUACAUGCUUGACAUCAGAGCUGGGUCACCAGUGUUACAUGCUUGACAUCAGGGCUGGGUCACCAAUGUUACAUGCUUGACAUCAGAGCUGGGUCACCAGUGUUCCAUGCUUGACAUCAGAGCUAGGUCACCAGUAGUACAUGCUUGACAUCAGAGCUGGGUCACCAGUGUUACAUGCUUGACAUCAGGGCUGGGUCACCAGUGUUACAUGCUUGACAUCAGAGCUGUGUCACCAGUGUUCAAUGAUUGACAUCAGGGCUGGGUCACCAGUGUUCCAUGCUUGACAUCAGGGCUGUGUCACCAGUGUUACAUGCUUGACAUCAGAGCUGGGUCACCAGUGUUCCAUGCUUGACAUCAGAGCUAGGUCACCAGUAGUACAUGCUUGACAUCAGAGCUGGGUCACCAGUGUUACAUGCUUGACAUCAGGGCUGGGUCACCAGUGUUACAUGCUUGACAUCAGAGCUGUGUCACCAGUGUUCAAUGAUUGACAUCAGGGCUGGGUCACCAGUGUUCCAUGCUUGACAUCAGGGCUGUGUCACCAGUGUUACAUGCUUGACAUCAGAGCUGGGUCACCAGUGUUCAAUGAUUGACAUCAGGGCUGGGUCACCAGUGUUCCAUGCUUGACAUCGGGGCUGUGUCACCAGUGUUACAUGAUUGACAUCAGGGCUGUGUCACCAGUGUUAUAUGCUUGACAUCUCACUUCUGUAAUUGGACAUAGAACAAGAGCUAGAACUAUCUGAUGGAUAAAUAAUCAAGUCUGGGCAAAUGAAACAGUGAUAGAUAUUAUGAGCAAUGACACAGGCUGUUGGGUAACCUGAAACGCAACAAUCAAGUCAACUGCGACAAGCAUAAGUUGGAUGGGACCUUUCUUUAACCCGGUAUCAUGAUGUCCAUUCCUUCUCUUUGUUCACUGUAAUAUGUCAUAAUGGCCAAGCAGACAAUACCCUGCCUGUUUCCAAUGUACAUCCCCAGAGUUCAAGAUUAAAGUGUCAAAAGAUCAGAAACAAUUGUCCAGUAAUUGUUCUUGUUGACGGAAUUAUGUGACCCUCAAUGUGGAAGCAGUCGUAAGUGUUUAAGGUUUUUACAUCUGUUGACAUUUUGUGUUAGCAUUGCCUGUCAUGAUAACAUGUUUAUUUGGAUCUGGAGUAAAAUUAUUAGUGGUUUA